AGGACUGAGGGUUGACCACUGACAGAACGCUGGUGAGAGUGGUAGGCACAGGUUGUUUGCCAUCUCCUCUCCUGCUGUGUUUCUCCAGAAUGAAGACUUUGUGUGUGUUGCUGCUCCUUGGGGUGGUGGUGGCUGUGGUGGAGUCAUCGGCCCUGCUUGGCGCUCAGCGAGGCGUGACCCUCCCACCGCACUUCACCUGCGCCCCCGGGUCUCGCUGGAAGGUCGAGUGUAACACGUGUACAUGUUCUGAAACCGGCCUUGCUGCCUGUACUCUGAUGGCUUGUUUCGGUGGUAAGUCCUUAAAUGCCCAGCAGAGCUCCGAUGAACCUGUCUGUGACGAAGGUUCGAGGUGGAAAAUAGACGAUUGCAACUGGUGCAAGUGCAUCAGAGGUUCUCCCGCGUGCAGUAGCAGACCUUGUGACAACCAUCAGCCGUUGGCGAGAGUAGACACAGAAGAAGAUAUACCACCCGGGGGAGUCUGCACACGUGGAUCCGCCUGGAAGCCCGACUGCAACUGGUGUACCUGCACCCGGGACGGCAAUGCAGUGUGCAAUCUGAAGGCGUGUCUGGACGGUUACGUUCCGGAUCCAACGCAGAAGCAGUGCGAGAAUGGAUCAAAGUGGUUAGUGGACUGCAACACCUGCGUGUGCGUCGACGAAAGGGCACGGUGCACGCAGAAGGCAUGCGCCAUUUCUCGCGAGUCGUCAGAAUUACCCCCUGAUGCCGUGUGUAAACCCGGGUCAAUGUGGAAAGAAGACUGCAAUAUGUGUAGAUGCUCUAGCACAGGAAAAGCUGCAGCGUGUACUAUGAGGGGCUGUGCCGGCACAACAGAAGAUGCCAGUGAACCUAAGUGUUCCCACGGAUCAAAAUGGAAGCGAGAUGAAUGUAAUUGGUGCGACUGUGUUCACGGAGAAUUCAAUUGCACAGAAAGAGUGUGUGGCCACCCUACACCACACAUCAGCCAGCCUGACGAAGAGGAGGAAAUGUGUACUGAAGGCUCGAGAUGGAGAGUUAGCUGCAACUGGUGUACCUGUAGGAACGGCACAGGAGGAUGUACCAAGAGAGGAUGUCCUCCAGAUUACGAUCAGCGGACAGAUGACCCAGAAUGUGAAGCGAAUUCCAUGUGGAAGAAGGAUUGCAACUGGUGCAACUGUCAUAAUGGCAGAGGGAUUUGCACAAUAUUGGCUUGCAACACUCCUUUUUCAGCCCCUACUGUGCAUUCUCAGCCAACAGUGGAAGUAACAGUGACCCGAGAUGAGGCUGAGUGCACUGAAGGAUCACGCUGGCUACGGUCAUGCAACUCCUGCCGUUGUAUUGAAGGGAAAGCAGCUUGUACAAAGCGAAGGUGUAUCCCAGAUUUUAAGCCCUCGCCAGAAGACAGUGUUUGUGAAGGCAAUUCCAGCUGGAGAGUUGACUGUAAUUGGUGUAACUGCGUAAAUGGAAAAGCCAUUUGUACCAUCAAGGCUUGUGGGGUACAGCGGCCCCGACCGCCACCAGUGGUAGUAACAGUUACACGAGAGGAAGGAGCGACAUGCACCGAAGGAUCUCGUUGGCGUCUGGGCUGCAACUGGUGUCGUUGCAUCAAAGGCCAAGGCGCAUGCACUAAGAGAGGAUGCACAGCUGGUGACGCUUCAGCUCCCGAUGACCCUAUAUGUGAAGAAAAUUCAUCAUGGAAAGUCGACUGCAACUGGUGCAAUUGUGUAGAUGGAAAGGCAGUUUGCACAGAAAUGGGAUGUGGCCCAGAGGGUCGAAGCUUAGGUUCAGGUGACAUACAGGAAAACCCAGCUCCUAAACCCUGCAUUAAUGGAACAACAUGGUCAAAGGAUUGUAACAGAUGCUCCUGCAUUAAUGGAGUUGGCAGAUGCACGCGCAACUUUUGCCGUCACCCACCUGUGGAUCCCAUCUGUAAUCUGCCAGCAAUUAAUCCUGAAGUAGAGUUCUGUCGUGGAUUUGAAAGUUUGUGGACUUUUGACAGCUACGAUGGAAGAUGCGUGGAAAUCAUCUACGGAGGUUGUGGAGGAACAGAGAACUUGUUUGAGACAAAGGCAGCCUGCGAGGCGAAGUGCACCAGAACCAGGCAGGGGUCUUUGCGAUCUGAAGGAAGCCAGGAAGAUAAGUGUAAACUGGACCUCGAUUCUGGGCCAUGCUUUGGUCUCUUCCAUCGCUACGGGUACAACUCCGCCAAUGGUCGAUGUGAGCAGUUUGUGUUUGGGGGCUGUGGUGGAAAUGCCAACAACUUCGAAACAGUCCAGGAGUGCCAGGAUCAAUGCGGAGGAGGAGCACCCGUGUCUGACCCGUCAUGUGAUCGGACAAAAUGCCCGUGGAAGCGCUGGGCUCACUACCUCGUCAAAAACUGCAUCCCGCAGUACGAAGACGGUGCCUGCUGUCCGACUAGCUUCUCAUGCCCUCUAUCAGACUCUGUUAUACCAGACCCAACGAAAUGUUACUACAGAGGUAUUUUCUAUGAAGAUGGCGAAAAUGUGCCUGUAGAAGAGGUCUGUUCAGCUAGUUGCCGCUGCCUUGCUAGCUCCUCUCCAGCUCAGAUUAACUGUGCCAACAUUGAGUGCCCUAGCUUGUUCAGGCCUCCUCGCCCUGGGUGCCGUCGCCUCUACUCCCCCGACCAAUGUUGCUCAGUUGACGAGGAGUGCCAGGACUCCGCAGCCCCACCAGGCCUAGAGACCCGUGCCGCUGGGUGCUCCUGGGGCAACAAGACGUACCAAAUUGGAGAUAAGAUGUAUUUCGACGAUUUCCCGUGCCAAUCUUGUGUCUGCACUCCUGAGUUCACAAGCCCUACAGGUCCUGGAUGUUCAAAGGUUGACUGUGGAUUUGAAUUCAGAUACACCUCCAGGCUUGCAGAUGGUUGUGUGCCUAUUUUCUUUGAGGAGAAGUGUUGUCCUAUUGACUGGAUGUGUCCUGGAGACAGUCGUAUCACACCACCUGAUGCACAACAGCAGCAACAGAGAGUUUCCCCACAGAAAAAAGAUGAACAAUGCCAUUUAGGAGAACUCUCCAUUAGCCAAGGUUCAAAACUCAACAUUAACAACUGCAGGCUUGACUGCAGGUGCACAACACCUCCUGAGCUCACCUGUGUUCAGUACAGGUCAUGUGAAUUAGCUGCAGAGUCCACACAGCCAAAAGAUUGCCCUGAAGUAAACUGUCCACCAGCAUGCCAGACUAUGACCGAUGCUGCCACUGGGUGUCCAGUAUGCUCCUGCACUAAAUAUACUUUCUCCUGUGAAAAGAAAGAAUGCCCAAGUGGCUGUCGAACAGAUUUUGAUAGCAAGACUGGUUGUCUUACUUGUAAAUGCCAAUGUCCUAAACACCCACACCCAUGUCCCAUGGACUGUGCAGUUCGACAUGUGAAGGAUGAAACAACAGGGUGUGAGGUGUGUGAAUGUGAUCCCAAUAAGCCUUGGAAUCCUUUUUCUCCUCCUGGUCAUUCUAAUUGUCCCACCUAUCCUCUGGGACGUCUCCCAUGCCCCCUGGAUUGUGAAGUUAGAAUAGUUGUAGAUGACACUGGUUGUGAAAAAUGUGAGUGUGAUCCCAAUAACCCUUCACGGCCCUCUGAUUGUCCCACGGACUACAGUGGACGAGCGCCAUGCCCCAUGGAUUGUGGUAUUCAUUAUUUCACUGACCCUGAAACCGGCUGUGAGAAGUGUGAAUGUGACCCUGCAGAUUCUGGUCAUCCAUUUGGUCCUCCCCCGCGUUCAAAUUGCCCCAAAGGUCCAUCUGGAAAACCCCCAUGCCCCAUGGAUUGUGCCAUUCGGUAUGUCACUGACCCUGAAACAGGCUGUGAGAAGUGUGAAUGUGACCCUGCAAAUCCUGGUCAUCCAUUUGGCCCUCAUAUUCCUCCCCCACGUUCAGAUUGCCCUGUAGGUCCUUCUGGAGAACCCCCAUGCCCCAUGGACUGUGCCAUUCGGCAUGUCACUGACCCUGAAACAGGUUGUGUUAGGUGUGAAUGUGACCCAAAUAAGCCUGGACACCCAUUUGGUCCCCAUGUCCAGUCAAGACGCACUCUGUGUCCUCGUGACCACACUGGUAAACCCCCAUGCCCUAUGGAUUGUGCAAUUCGUAUAGUGAUGGAUGAACAAACUGGCUGUGAGAGGUGCAUAUGUGACCCUGAUAACCCAGGCAAUCCCUUUGGACCUUAUUAACUCCAAGGGCAAAACUUUCUUUUCAAGAGGUAUUUUGAGUAGUUACCCUUUUUAGCCUUUUGAUAAUUGCCUGAAAAUCCUGUCCUUUUUAUUUUUUUUACUCUUUUAUAUAGCCAAAUCAAAGCCAUUUAUGAUUUUCCUUGGUAGGAACUAAUCUCAAGUUUUGAUCAAUAGUAAAGUAAGAGAGUAUAGUUCAAAAGUUAUUUUAUAUCAAUUCCUGUUUAUUUGUUGUCUAAAGAAGCAAUUUCUCUAUUACAAAAACAUUAGUCACAAAAUUUAGUGUCAUUUAAUAUUUGAACCAAAACUGGAAUUAAAAUGUGCAAAUAAAAAUGGGAAUGAAUAAUGAAAUAUUAUUUGUCAUUGACUAAUAACCAACAUAUUUUAACAGACUUGGACUAUGAAGAGUGAACGAGAGAGAGGAGUGAGUGAGAGAGAAGAGUGGGCGAGAGAGAAGAGUGGGCGAGAGAGAAGAGUGGGCGAGAGAGAAGAGUGGGCGAGAGAGAAGAGUGGGCGAGAGAGAAGAGCGAGUGAGAGAGAAGAGUGAGCGAGAGAGAGAAGAGUGAGCGAGAGAGAGAAGAGUGAGCGAGAGAGAGAGAAGAGUGAGCGAGAGAGAGUGAGAGAGAGAAAGAGAAAGAGAAAGAGAAAGAGAAAGAGAAAGAGAAAGAGAGAGAGAGAGAGAGAGAGAGAGAGAGAGAGAGAGAGAGACAGAGACAGACAGACAGACAGAGACCAAAAUUCAGUAAGGAACUUGAAGGCCCACACUCCUCCAGCAAUUUCAUCACUACCAUGGCUUAAAACUCAUAGAAGAGUGCGGAAUGGCCCACGCUUUUCUCAUGCAAGAGCACAGUAUUGCCUGUUACGAGCCAUGACACAAAAUGGCCAAGUUUCACAAGGCAUAUAAAUGCCUUUGAUACGUUUGUAAUCUGAUGAUGUUGGGAAAUGAAUUCUCCACAGGGCGGUCACUUGGGGCCAUUGAGCAAUGUGAAAAUUAUGACGCCAAAUUAAACUAAAUUUUAUCUCGCCUACAGUACCUAUAUAUAAUUAUCUCUCACAUACAAAUAAAUUGGAGUCUUUUC